CAAAGUUGGCCACGUUGUAUAUAUAUUGCUGCCAGUGAAGCGCUCACAAAAAUUACUUUAAAAGCACUGCCAAAUUAUUCGUUUCAAGUAAAUCGUAAAGUCACAAAGUCAUCACAAUGGACGGAGAUCAGAUCCGGAAGAGCAGCAGUGAUCGGGACUUGGAAUACAGUCGAUGUCGGCGCAAUGGUGUUCACUACGCCACCAUUGCCGAUUUUCUGGCGAGUCUCAACACCAAUGACACCAACUUGGAAUCGGUUCAGACACGCAGAUCCUUGAGCCUAGAGGAUUACCUACGAAUCGUACGAGGCGGUCCUCCGGAAAAACAAUCUGGAGAUGGGGAUAAAAGUAUCGCAAGGAUAAGCGAACGAUUGCGAAAGACACCUGCUCAGGAUAUUAGCACACAAACGCAGUCAGAUGCGAAAAUUGCUGCCAAAUCCAAGCUAAUAUCUCAGUUUACCGAGAAAAUAUGGAUAUGAAAUGUCGAAUUAACUCUUAAACGUGUGAUUAAAAACAUAUUAAAAGUUUA